AUGUCGCUCUUAACGGCAGACUUGUACGCAGCACCAGAAGACCUCUCCCUCACGCGCGACCAACAUGCGCGUCUCUCUGCAGCAACGAGCGCAUCGCUCAAUGCAAGCGCAUUACAUCGCUCACACCUGCAAGCAGGGCCAGAGUAUGUUUUGGCGGAUGGUAGUAGUGGGAGUAGUAGUACCCUUGGUAGUUCAAAACCAAGUGCUACGUGUCUUUUGGGAAUACAAACGCCGCCUGCUUCAAGUACGGCGAGUUCUCGACGUUCUAGUAUGGAUCCAUCCUAUGCGAUUCCGACUAUACAGGAAGAAGGUUCAGACAUGAGUGUCACGAGACGAACGAGUGUGAAGAAGACGGUGGCGAAUGCUGCGAAUUGGAGGGAACGAUUGGUUGAUUUGAUUCUGGAUCGAUAUGCGCAAUGUGCGCGCAAGAUCCCCGCGUCUGUAACGGAGCGGAUCUUUUUUAAACGUUGUUGUGAUGCCUUACAACGGCUUGAUGGUGUUGCGAAUGCAAAAGACGUUGCUGAGACUGCACUUGCUGCGAGUUACGCAGUGGUGAUGGAGAGACGUGCUGCAUGGCAGGCUGUCAUGGGAGCUCCUACUGUACAGGAAGAGCAAGGCCUGCCAGCUAAUGUCAAGGAGCGUCAAAGGCUCGAGCGCGAGAGGGAAGCGCAAGAGACGACGUGGGCUUUGCAAAGAGCAGAGUAUGACUUGGCAGUAGCCAAGAUUGUGCAUCACACGUAUGUCAAGCGGUUGCAGGCAUAG